AUGUGCACGGGAGGUUGUGCUAAGUGCCUGGGAACCACUCUUAUCCCCCUGGCUGUGCUCUGUACCCUCGCCAACAUUUUGUUGUUUUUCCCUGGAGGAAAAGUGGUUGAAAACAAUCUACACAUUACAGAUGAGGUUUGGUACUUCGGAGGGAUCUUGGGAUCUGGUGUAUUGAUGAUCUUCCCUGCCUUGGUAUUUUUGGGCCUUAAGAAUAAUGAUUGCUGUGGAUGCUGUGGUAAUGAGAGCUGUGGAAAGAGGUUUGCGAUGUUUUCUUCUAUAAUAUUUGCUGCAGUUGGAGUCCUGGGAGCUGGAUACUGCUUUGUUUUGUCAGCAGUAGCCCUAAACAGAGGCCCUAAAUGUUAUACUGGAACAGAGUGGACAUACCCUUUCCAGGAUGGGAAUUACCUCGCUAACCACACAUUGUGGAACAUGUGCCAGUCACCCGAAAACAUUGUCCCGUGGAACCUGACCCUCUUCUCCUUGCUGCUCGUCAUGAGUGGGAUCCAGGCAGUGCUCUGUGGCAUUCAGGUGGUGAACGGCCUGUUUGGAACAAUCUGUGGGGACUGCAAAUGUUGCGGAUGUUGUGGGGGAGAUGGAACUGUCUAA